UCAUCUCUUGGAUUGCUGAUGAAAAGGAAAGACGAAACAAAGACUGACAGAGGAAAUGGAGACGAAGAGAAUCCAUUAGCGAAGGAAAUCGAAGAGCGAAAGAAAAGGAAAAAGGCCAAGCCGUAUGUUUACAUAUGUGGAACAAUGUGGCAUGAAACAAGACAGGAAAUGUUACAACUCCUCAAAUCAUUAUUCAGGUUGGAUUUUCACCGGAGUAAAUAUAAGAUAGCAGAAAAAGUUUUUAAAGUAGAUGUAGAUUACUUUGAACACGAAAUUCAUAUAAUUUUUGAUGACGCUUUUGAAACUGAUAAGAUAUCCGGACAAAGAUUGCCAAACGAAUGGGUAAAACAGCUGGUAGAAUGCAUGGAAGAGGCAUCAACAUCUGUCGCUAGGGGCCAUCUGACAUGGGAUAGUAAGCCAACAAAGACGACUACACCAUAUGGGGGACGAUUGAAUUGGACGAUGCCAGGUGGAACAGAAAUGACGAUUCAUUUAAAAGAUAAAGACAAAAUCAGACACAAAAAGCGAUGGUCGCAAAUCAUGUACAUGUACUACUUAUUGGGAUAUAAGAUGAUGGGUGUCAAUUUGGAAGAUUCAUUUUUUGCGAAGGAGACAAUUAAAAGAUGUCACUACAGACGAAUAGCAUCGAUACUGAACCAAUUGCCCAAAUAUAAUGUUGACAAGGCUCAUAACAGCUUCAUUUUGGCUUUGGAUGGAGAUGUAGAUUUCAAACCUGAAGCAGUACAGAAACUGAUAGACAAAAUGAAAAAGAAUCGCAAAGUUGGCGCUGUAUGUGGCCGAAUACGUCCUGUUGGAUCAGGGCCUAUUGUAUGGUAUCAGCAGUUUGAAUAUGCUGUUGGACAUUGGCUACAAAAAACUUCAGAACAUGUGUUUGGGUGUGUGCUUUGUUGUCCAGGAGCCUUUAGUUUAUUUCGUGCUACUGCUCUAAUGGACGAUAAUGUGAUGAGAAUGUAUACAAAUCCUCCUUCGGAAGCACGCCAUUUCAUCCAGUAUGAACAAGGUGAAGACAGAUGGUUAUGUACAUUAAUGCUACAGCAGGGUUGGCAAAUAGAUUACGCUGCUAGCGCAGAUGCCUUCACAUUUGCGCCACAAACCUUUGAAGAGUUUUUCGUGCAGAGGCGACGAUGGGCACCGUCAACACUUGCAAAUAUUAUUGACUUGCUUUCAUCGUGGAGGGUAACAACAAAAGUGAAUGAUAAUAUCAGCACGUUGUUCAUUAUAUACCAAUUCAUAAUUCUUUCUUCAAGUUUACUUGGUAUAGGAACGGUUACGUUAUUGAUCACCGGAUCUUUCAAUGCUGUACUGAAAAUAACAAUGUUUGAUUCAUACGUCGUCGCUGUAACACCAGUGGUUUUGUAUGCUAUUAUAUGCAUAAAAUGUAGCAAUGACAAGCAAAUUGUAGCUGCAAGGCUACUGUCGGCAGUGUACACCUUAGUAAUGGUUAUCGUCACUGUAGGAUUAUUCGUGAAUCUCGCAACAGAAAAGUCGCACAGUCCAAAUUUUAUUUUUGUCGUAGAAAUACCCUUUAUAUUCGUAUUCGCAGGAUUUGCUCAUCCAAAGGAGUUGAUGUGUCUGGUUCAUGGUUUGCUGUAUUACCUCAUGGUUCCAUCCACUUUUAUUACCCUAACCGUGUAUUACAUAUGCAAUAUUCAUAUUGUGUCAUGGGGUACCCGUGAAAAGAAAACGGAAGACGAUAUUAUUGCUGAAACGGAGUCGGGAAAUUCUACUAAUUCAGCAACUCCUCCAAUACUAAUCAAAUGCUUGCAGAAUUUAGGCGUUUUGGCAUUAGUGAAAGAAAGAACAGGGCUUAUUAAGCAGUUAUUGGGAACAAGAGUCGAUCAGAAAAGCGAUGAUAAUAAAACAAAAUCAAGUAUUUUACCACCUAUAGGAGCGACACUUGUACCUCGUACAGAAAGAAGACGUCCAGCAGUAAGAAAAGAUCCAGAUGCUUGGCAGUCAAAAGAAUACUUUGGACUAAAGGGAAAAGAAAAUAUUAAGAAGGAGGAAACUGAUUUUUGGAAUGAAAUACUUGACAAGUAUCUUAUCCCAAUCGUAGAAGACAAACAGAAAAAAAAGAAAAUUCAAAAAGAACUUAAAUCUCUCAGAAACAAUGUAGCAUUUGGAUUUUUGUAG